GUUUCCCUCAUUUGGAUAAAAGCAUCUGCUAAAUUAAUAAAUGUAAAUAUUUUUUUUCUUUUAGAUGCAGGAAGUUGUCUUUUUGGGAUUUAUUUAAUGACACUAGAUGUCUUAGUUAGGUGAUGUGUGCUGUGUGUAUGUUUAGUUUCUGUCUGUGACUGACUUUAAGGGUGUGACUCAAGAUCUUACAGCACUUUUCCAGAUAUGACAAUGCCUGACUCAAAAUAUAUCCACAGUGAAAAUAUGCUCAUACUUCCUUUUUUCCCCUAAUAUUACACUGCUUCAGUACUGCUUUCUGUUAAAGUCUUCACCACACCCAGAGCAAAGGCCGCAGCGGAGCAGAUGGCCGCGAGUCUCACCAAACCCUCCGGACAGCCGGGGAAGAUGAAGAAGGAUGAGUCGCUGCUCGGAAAACUGGGGGGAACGUUAGUUCGCAAAAAGAAGCUGAAAGAAGUGAGUGAUCUUCAGGAAGAUGGGAAGAACGCCAUCAUGGCUCCUCUUCUGCACAGCGACCCAGAGCUGCUCCCUGAGGACUCUUUGCUUGAGGAAAAUGCAGAGAGGACCAUUCUAGACCCAACGUCCAGAGAAGACCUAAAUUUUAAAGACCUCCAGAAGGUUCUCAUUGACUGGAUCAACAGUGAACUUGAGGAGGACCGGAUCAUCGUGAAAGACCUUGAGGAAGAUCUGUAUGAUGGACAGGUGCUGCAGAAACUGUUCGAGAAGCUGUCGGGUCAUAAGCUAAAUGUGGCAGAGGUGACGCAGUCAGAGAUCGGACAGAAGCAGAAGCUGCAGACGGUUCUGGAGGCUGUUAAUGUGGUUCUCAGACCGCUGGACUGGAACACGGAGUGGAGUGUCGACUCAAUCCACUCUAAGAACCUGGUGUCCAUCGUGUACCUGCUGCUGGCGCUGGCCAUCUACUACGCGGCACCCAUCCGCUUACCUGAGCAUGUGUCUGUCAAGAUGAUCGUGGUCAAGAAAAAAGAGGGAAUCCUUCAGAGUGAUCAUGUGACCAAACAACUCACAAGUACCACAACAGAAAUGAUGAUCGGAAGAUCAGAACGUGAUGCUUUUGACACGUUAUUGGAUCACGCACCUGACAAACUGAACGUAGUGAAAACGUCGCUGAUUACAUUUGUGAAUAAACACUUGAACAAACUGAACCUGGAGGUGACGGAGCUGGAGUCUCAGUUUGCAGAUGGAGUCUAUCUGGUGUUGCUGAUGGGAUUGUUAGAAAAUUACUUUGUCCCGCUGUACAACUUCUACCUCACGCCUGAAAGCUUCGAACAGAAGGUGCAUAAUGUCGCAUUUGCUUUUGAGCUCAUGCAAGAUGGUGGAUUACAGAAACCCAAAGCGCGACCAGAAGACGUGGUGAACUUGAAUCUGAAGUCAACACUCAGGGUGCUUUACAACCUUUUCACCAACUACAAGAACACGGAGUAACACUGAAAGCGAUGCGAGGAAGAUUGCUACAUGCCUCACUGAUGCCAGGAUGUCUGCCCACACACAUGCACACACAUCUCUGGUGUUUCUUUUGUACAUACGAAUGAAAGAUUUUGUAUUAUUUCGCUUAUUUAUGCCUAGAAACGAAUGUAUUCAGACUAGAUGCGUCAGUGUAGCAGCUCUUUCAAAUAUUUUAUUUUUCUCGCAUUUGACUUUUAUGCAAACGAGGCUUGCCACUGCUUUAAGCACUACACCAGAAUGACUUCUGUCCUGGAAUGCACCGUGUAUUUUAUUCUAAUAGAAAUGCUGUCAUUAUUUAAAAUAAACAAGUUCUUUCUAAA